AUGCAGCGCGAGGUGAGUAUAAAACUGUUUUUUCUAUAAAAACAAACAUGGUUUUUUCUGUUCUUACAGAAAGACAAAUCGCACUCAACGGUCUCUCCACAUCAAACCCUACUACUGACUACUCAAUAGCCUGAUUGUUUUAUUACUUCAUUUUCUCUUUUCAUUUUUUCUACUGACUGCUUUUCUAGUUCGACAUAAAUAAACUUCCAAUUAUGAUUAAAAGCAUAAAACAUAUAACACAUAAGGAACUCAUGACACAUCAAUCAAACAUAGAGCGAGGACAGUAAAAAGAAAAAAGAUAUAGAAAAAUAGGAACAUUUUUAGUAGCAGAGCCCCUGGUGUCAUAGGAAUGAUGAUUGCGAUUAGAACACAACUCACGAGGAAUGAUCCCCAACUGAUAAAUCGCUUUUUCAACGAAACCGACUGGACUAUAGGUAGUCGACGAUGCUGAUUCCGAAUACCACCAUGAAUGCUGCCGCUAGGCCUUCAAAGACCG